CCGUUGUAAAGACUGCCUCCCAACGUUGUCUGUUCGUGUGUCAGUCUGAGUGUAGGAAAACAUAAACAAAGUGUAAGCCACAGCCAGACACUUCACCACACCACCUGCUUUUCAUAGUAUUCACCCCACACAGUCACACACCACACCCAGACACACGCCAGGCAGCUCACCACAGCACCAAGAGAGAUCCAGUACCAGCGGGGCAUAGGAGGAGGUGUCGGCGCACGAGUAUUGCUUCCAGGCGCCGACUGUGUCCCGCGGUGCCUCCUCUGCUGUGUGUCCUGCCUCUCAUCAGCUGAGGAGUGAACAGCGGCACCAUGGGUGAGAAGGAGUUCAAGCUGGAGCAGGACUGUGAGCUGCGCUUUGAAGUGGAGAGCAAGAAGGAAACAGUUGACCUUAAGCUGAUUAGUGGCAAGGCAGAAAUGUUUGGCACUGAACUGGCACCAGACAAACCGUACACCUUCUACCCUGGAGCCAAGGUUGCCGUCUACACCUGGCAUGGAUGUACUCUCAAGCUCACAGGGAACACAGAGGGUACUUACAUUGCUAAGGAGACGCCCAUGGUGAUGUACUUGAACACCCAUGCCUGCCUGGAGCGGCUCAGGAAACAUGCUGACGAGGGUCUAAAUCGAGGCGAGAAGAACCGCGGCCCCGUCACCAUGGUGGUGGGCCCCGGUGCUGUGGGCAAGUCAACUCUGUGCCGAAUUCUGCUUAACUAUGGUGUGCGGAUGGGCCGGCGACCUAUCUUUGUGGACCUGGAUGUGGGCCAGGGGGCCAUCUCCAUCCCUGGCACCAUUGGUGCACUCUUGGUGGAGCGGGCCGCCUCUGUGGGUGAAGGCUUCUCCCAGGAGGCCCCACUGGUGUACACCUUUGGCCACCUCACACCAGCCAGCAACCCCACACUAUACAACAUCCUGGUGUCACGCAUGGCCUCCACCAUCCAGGAGAAGAUGGCACGGAACAGGAAAGUGGCAGCGUCAGGGGUGGUGAUCAACACGUGUGGGUGGGUGAAGGACGAGGGUUACAAGAGCCUGACUCAUGUGGCGCAGGCGUUUGAGGUGGAUGUGAUCAUUGUGCUGGACCAGGAGCGUCUGUACAAUGAGCUGGUGCGGGACAUUCCCUUCAUCAAGGUGGUCUUUCUUCCCAAGAGUGGUGGGGUAGUGGAAGGCACCCAAGCCAUGCGAGCUGCCACCCGCGACGACCGCAUCCGUGAGUACUACUACGGCCUUCACACCAAAUACCACCCACACAGCUUUGAGGUCAAGAUGUCACACUUCCAGAUAUACAAGAUUGGGGCGCCAGCCUUGCCAGAUUCCUGCAUGCCGGCAGACAUGAAAGUGGAUGACCACAUGACAAAGCUGGUGCCAGUCGAGCCAGGUGUGAAGCUGAAGCACCAUAUCCUUGCCGUGAGCCUGGCCAACGAGCCGGAGGAGCUGCUCACCGCCAACGUGGCCGGCUUCAUCUGUGUGUUAGAUGUUGAUGAAGAGACCAAGAUGGUGAAGGUGUUGUCUCCUCAGCCAAAACCACUGCCCAAAAAAUUGUACAUAUUAACUGAUAUUCAGUUUAUGGAUUCAUCAUAGAAAAGUUGUAAAAGUUGUAAAAGGGUAUAAAUCCAAAUGAUUUAACUUUCUUAAGUGAUUUUCUAGAUUAUUUUAUGAUGUAAGAGUGUUAGUUUUUAUAAUAAAUCACACAUUUCUAAUGGUAA